AUGUCAUGCCAGGCUCGUCUCGUGGAGGAGGUCUUCUCCCGCGCGCCGGUUUACGAAAACAUCUUCUCCAUGCUCUCCCCCGUUGAGUUCAUCCGGGUGUCGCACACAUGUAAAGUCAUUCACGAGGCCUCUGCGUACUUCUUUCACCGCGCGUACAACAUCAAUCGUCAUCUCUCGCGUUUCUUCGUGGACCCCCUAUCCUUUCGUUCGCUCCAAGCUCGCACUGGGACACUGAUCUCGGGCUCCAUUGCCCUCCAGUUCUUCGAUAGGACCUGCUACUUAGGGUCUGAUCUGGACGUCUACACUCACCCAGGUCAUACCCUCGAGCUUCUUGACUGGUUAACUGUAGCCGAGGGAUACCAUUACCAGUCGCGACCAGACCAAGCGGCCGACUACCGGAAGGCUGUCCCACGAUGGGAUCCCAAGCAGCCAGUGGGCCCCAAAACGAUGUGGGACGAACCAGAAUAUGCCGGCGUAAAAGCUGUGCGCGACAUAUUCACCUUCAUCAAAGACUCGAAGAGCCAGGAGGCACCGCGCAAAGUUCACGUCAUGGAAGCGGCCAUCAAUCCAUUCACCGCCAUCAUGCAGACCUACACGACAUGUGUUAUGAACCUCAUUGCAUUCGACUGUGCAUACGCCCUAUACCCCAUGCCGACUUUCGAGAAGAGAGAAGCGCUAAUAGUGAGAAUCUUGAACGUGGAUGAAAACCUCAAGAGCAAGUACGUAAAGCGUGGCUGGCGCACGGUCCUAAUAGACUCCAGCAACCCCCGCUCCAGAAAGACCUACUGGCGACCUGGGACUGAACGCUCGCUGACGGAUGCGAGGACAUGGAGAAUCCCGUUGGAUCUCACUGGUGUCAGCCUACGUCCCCCUCCUUCCUCGCCCACGGUCAAAGCCUUGCCUUGGGACCCUAUCAUACCCAACACCUGGAAACUCCUCGUUUGGGAGGAUAAUAGCGCGAUGAUAGGCUCCUAUGAGAUAGCACAGUCGCCUUUCUUCCGCUACAAUUACGUCAUUGACGACUCCGAGCUCGCUGAGCUCCUGAUAUUGCCCAAAACCUUUGACGCAAGGUCAUCGGGGAGCGGUCAAGAGCCGGCGUGGCUCGAUGAAGAGUAUCCGAGGUACUAUGAAAAUGCUCGCCGACUGCUGAAGCUGAAGAAACUGUAUCCACCACCCGAUGAUGAUUCGUUCUGUUACACAAUCGCUUCCAACCGACUGGCUGCCAUAAACUACAUGGAUGACGAUGCGGAUGAAAACGAUGAUAUCCAGGCUCCAGCUCCCGCAUCUGGACCCGCAGCUUCGACUUCUGUAUAUGGCCUCAGAAGCACGUUUGGUGCUCCUUCGUCAGCACCAUCUAGGAGAGGAGGAACGACAGGCUCGACGCCAUCACCCGCGACUUCGGCAUUUCCCGUUUCAUCAUCUUCAAGUGGCGGUAAUUCUGCUCCCCCUCAGUCACAACCUCCUACGCAGCAAUGGCAGCCGAUACAAGACAACGUUGCACUCGCGUUGCCUCGUCUUCGAGGCAUGUUCAAAUAG